AUGUCUGAGUUUAUCGAUCAAGAUGAUCCCAAGAUGGAAGCUUUGAAUCUUCGAGAAGAAAGAGUGAAGGAGUCUGAAGAUUCUACUCAAGUUGUCUCUGUUGCGCCUGCUUCUUGUUCCGCCAUUACUGAAGCCAGCAAUAAAACAGAUGCUUCUUCUUCAAGAAACCGUGACGGUUGUGAAACUGGCGAGACAACGAUGGCAGAUAAAGAAGACGACGAUCGCAAUGAUGGUGAUGAUCCCAAGAUGGAAGAUAUGAAUCUUCAAGAAGGCUCGAAUCCGGAGCUUUAUGAUGAUGGUGCCGCUCAGGAAUCACAAGUGGAAAACUCUGAAGCCAACAUGAAAACAGAUUCGUCUCCUUCUUCAAGAAACGGUGAAAGUAGUGAAACUGCCGAGACAACAAUGGUAGCUGAAGAAGAUGAUCGCAGUGAUGGUGAUGACGAAGAAUAUGAGUCCAAGGUAAAUACGAAUUGCGUAGAUUUCGAGUUUACUUGA